AUGCCUCCGAAGAAGCGUAAAGUGAUCAACGAUGAGAUUCUGAGAAAUGCACGAGAAUCCAAGGAAAAUCUAUUCGUUGAGCGUGUAGAACAGGAAUUGGAGAGUCUUAACGUCACAGUUCUUCGCGAGGAGAAGCGCAAUCUCGAAACAGAGCUAUCAGAGGCCAAAAGAUUACACGAGGAAUCCGAAAAGGAUAAAAUUAUUCUCCGCCGGGAGUUGCAGACGGCCCACUCUGAACUUUUCAAACUGAGGGAGCAGUUGAGCACAGCUCUUUCGAACUUCGCCGUUUUCCGGAAGGAAACGGAAGAAAAAGCGAGAGCAACGAUCAACAACACUCGGAAAAUUGCGGAAAAGCGGCUCAGCAGCGAGAAGAAAGUUCUGAAGGAUGAAAUUUUGGCUUUGAAAAUGGCGUCUCCAAAAGGGACUGGAAGAUUGAAGCCGUUCAACAUGAUUUGUGACAAGUUAAAAAAAGAUCGAUGUGUGCGUGUGGUGAAAGCGAUUCAGGGGAUUGUCGGUGAGCAGUAUAUGGACGACUUCCUUCCUGAAUUCGUCCGAUACAUCGCGCGAAACUCGUCAUUUGCCAUCAACUUUUCUCUUUCGCCCUGGGAUUCCUUUUUCGCCACUGUACAGUGGAAGCUCACCACCAAAUUCCUUCGGGAAUUCAAAGCGUUUCUUCGAGAUCGCCUCGGCAUCGAAGUUUUUUCGUCCGUUCACACGAUCAAUGAGUUCAGAAAGUAGCACUCUGCCGAAGAGGAUUACGACAUCUUGAUUCAUCAGACACAGAAAACAAUCGGCAAUCGCGUUUUCCGGAACACGUCGGCCGUCGCUCGGGCAAAAGAUGUGAAGUGUCUUUUGAGACGUCGAGUUGAAGCUCUUUCGGAAAGUGGUCGGCUCCAAUUUGACGAGGGAACGGGAGAUGCAAUUUUUAUCGCGAUUGGCGGUGAAAAGGGAUCCAAUCAAACGAAAGUUGGGCUCAUUUUUGAAAAUGUUGACAAACCGAACGAUCCGUACGGAAUUCUUCUCCUCGGACUGUACGAAGGAUCCGAUGACCAUGCGACACUGAAAGAGAACCUGCUGCCCGUUUUCGAUCAAUUGAAUGUGUUAGAGUCCCUGGAAUACAUGGAGAAUGGCUCGCUCGUUGUCCGUGACGUGAAAAGGAUGCUUGUGGGAGAUUGCAAAUUCAUUAGUGCUGUUCUAAACCACAACGGACAAUCUUCUCGAUAUCCGUGUUUCAGCUGCAAUGCCAUGUGGAGCAGUCAUGGCCAAAACGCGGCUUCCAUGGAAUCAUUUCCGUUCGAAGCAAGCGGAAAUCCGCGAUGUAUGCAGCAGUACCUGGACGAAGGAGAGCCUAUCCUACAUUUCGAUAUCGAUAAUAUUGUUCCGCCGGUCGUUCAUUCCUUUCUCGGACUUGGACAGAACAAUGUCGUCGAUUGGGCCGUGGCGAAGGCGAACAAGGAGGAUUGUGGGUCGGAUACGCUGGACACGACCUUGAAGGGGCAGUACAAGAUUCUGAAAAAAAGGAAACUGGAAAGAGAUACUUACGAAACAAGAGUUGAAGAGCUCGAGAAAUCCGAUUCUCUCCUUUCCGACGCACUCAAUGUUCUUCAGAAAUUGUGCUCAGCUUCCCGAUCCAGAAAAGAUCGAUCAGACGCCUGUGGAUGUUCGAUUUGCAUUGUCGCAAGUGCAAAAAGGACAUUCCGUGAUCAAGCGGUCUUCAAAUGCGCAUCUUGUGAGCGACACAUUCACCACCUUUGUGCUCUUCUUAUUUUCGCAGAUGACAAGCACAAAAUUAGCAUCGGCAAGGGAAGAUGUCUCGAUUGCCGACAGGGAUCCAUUGUUUCAGCGGACGAUAUGCUGCCGAUGUUCCAGCGAGCGCAGAGACCACACUCACUGCGAUGCUGACGAACGACCGUGACCUACUUGCCGCCGCUUCUGAUGAUGUUGAAAACCUGGAAAGUCUCCUGAAAGGAUCAUCCGGACCUACGCGACAACGGCUUGAACAAGUCAUGCGUGAUAUCGGUUGUGAUUCAAGGAUUUGGUUCCAAGAUCUGACUGGAAACCAAAUCAGAACACUCCUCCGAUCUGAGAACAUCGACGCCAUUCUCUCCGUUUUCCGCCCUGACAAGGAAACGGUGAUCAUGCGUCGAGUGAUGGAAUGCUUGUCGUUCCUCAUGACAAAUGCGAAUAAUGCUGUGAAGACGGAUCUCGAGAUCGACAAAAUCGAACAAGUCGUCGGCCAUCUGACUACAAACCUGCGAUUGAUUCACGCCAAAUCGACGGUGACUCCCAAAGUUCACAUCGUGUGCGCGCACCUCGUUCCGUAUUUGCGUCUUCAUCGCUCGUGGGGACGGCUGUCCGAGCAAGGAUUCGAGCACAUGCACGCAGUGAUGAAUGCCGUCAAUAGGCAUUACGCUUCGGUUCGCGACACGAAGCUGAGAACUAUUCUCGUUUUUGCAGCAGUGGACCAAUUACAACGUCAUUUAUGACGCUGGUAAAUCGUGGCAUCCGAAAGAAUAAUUCCCGGUUUCGUGAAUGAAUUUGCCUUGCUCGUUUUCUUUUCCAUUUUUCUGCCAUCUCGUACGAUCUCGUUAGUCUCGAUAUCUGAAAAUGUUUGCUCGGAGAAGAAUGAUACUGCUCUUCUAAUAUCUAACCGCUCUCUCUUGGUCCACCAGAAUACUCAGUUUCGAGUGAUUCCGCUUGUUCUCAUGGUUUCUUGCACUUCUUGAAGUAUUUGGGCGCAAUAUUCCCUGAAAACCACAAAAAAUACUUCUAUUAUGCUAAUUAUUCGAUAAAUUCUAACAGCAACACGAUAAAAUAAUGACAUAUCCAGUUUUCAUACGGAAAAACAGAGGGAAACUCUCAAAACUAGCGCGGAAGUGAUCAAAUGCAGUAUCUUUGGCGCGCAAUUCGCGCACCAGAAAUGCGCACAACGAAAUAUAUCCGCCAGCUUGCGUGUUUCCCGUGUGGAACUCCGUGAACCGGCAACAACCGGACACCCUGUCCGGCUAACCACGUACCAAACCAACAUUCUGUGCGAUCCGAAGCUGCCGCUCCGUCGGUUCUUCUUGGCAUUCUGCGACCCGCUGAUCCGUCGAGUCAUCGUGCUGCACAGCAACUUGCACACUGAAAUGCAGAAGACCAAACAGGGAAAAUGUCGGAAUAACUUGUGAGUGAGCAAAAUGGAUCAAAACCAAAUCGCCUCUUCUUUCAGAGAAUGCGCUCAGAAUGCGACGUCGGUCUGUGUGUGGGACAUCUCCUCCGAGCAAUCGGACGACAAGGACUUGGGCACCUGCAUGACGAACCCGCUGGUCAGUUCCCCGGGAAAUAAGGUUCACAUAUAGUUCUUGCAGGCACAGCUCUCCGCUCCCGACAUAUCUACCGCCUACUCCCUUUUCAUCUUCUCCGUCAUUUCCACAAUCGUUUGUUUCCUGGCGACCCUUUGGUUCGCCCAACGGAUGGAUAUUGAGCAAAAGAAGGAGAAUGGCUCAUAA